GUGAAUUCGCAGUCUCUCUCACAGCAAGUUGGGAUUGAACUCGUAACAUCCGACAACAGCAGACGUGCAGCGGGUUGCAGUUUCAGCUAGAAAAUAUGAAUCGAUGGACGUCACGAUGUGGUGGGCUCCCGGUGCACUCUUAGGCAUUGCAGAUGCAUUUAGCAUUUAGCAUUUAGGCAGUGUGCCCAUUUAGGCAUCAGACUAAAUACAAGGCAGCUGAGCACUUUCUGCCUUCAGCUGCUUGAAACCGCCUAAUUGGAGCUCCUCGUUGUGUGAGUUAGGGAGACAGUUUGAGCAAAGAGGUUGAUCUAAUAAUAGGUCUUCUAGUUUGUUCUCGAUUCUUGUUCUGUCUUCAUGAUCACAUGUCAUAAAUCGCCUAUAUAAGCGGGAGCACCAUCUGCAGCACUCACUUCGUUGUGGUUGCCUCGAGCACACAGCGAUCAUGGCUGAGAUGUUAUUCUCGCGACAGCCAGCAUGUUCUUCCGGACCUAGCUGCACUGUCCAGGCUCAUAUGCUCAUGGUGCCUCAACCCACUGUACUUCACAUUUCUGCGAUGGUUUGUUUGGCCGAGCAUCUGGUGAGAGUGAGCAGAGGUGGCAUCAGAGUAACGAUUUUGAGCUUUGAGAAGCUGAUAUUCCCUCUUGUCCAGAAAUUGAAGAAUCUUAGUCCUGACGUCCAUCUUCAUGGACUGGUUUGUCCUCUUAAAUCUGGAGAACUGUCAGUAGGUAAGUCCAGCGAUCGGCUGGAACAAGCUGCUGAGCUCUAUGUGAAAAAUUGCAUGGAGCGGAAGAAGGCUGGUCAUCAAGAUGUUCCGUCAUUUCUUCUGUCGGAUUGUCUUCAAGUAUGGACGACUAAAAUCUCUACCUAUCUGAACAUACCAAGAUAUGUAAUGGCCAAUAUUUCUGCGUGCUCCAUCGCACUAGCUUUGGCCUCGGGGGAGGUCAGAGGGCAUGAGGGGAUUUCGCUAUGCCAACCAUGUGAGAAAACAAAGUUUGAGAAGCUGCCACUUCUUAUGUCGGAUGAGACAGGCAUGAAGCAUAAAAAACUGCUCCAGGAUAUAGAGCUGUCUGUGAAGCAUGCAGAGGGGAUUGUCAUAAACACUUUCGAGGAGCUUGAAGCAGAUGCCCUCCACUCAAUUCGACAGCUGAUUCCGGACUCAAAUGUUUUGGCAAUUGGUCCAUGUGAGACCUCGGUUCAAAUUAUCAAGUGGGAUUCUAUCCAAAAUCGCGAGCUGGAUACCAAAUGCAUGGACUUUUUGAAGAACCACCCAAAGAAGUCUGUUGUGUACAUUAACUUCGGAAAAUCUGGUAUGACUGAGCUCAACCAGAGACAUAUUCAUGAACUAGCGCAAGGAUUGGAGUCCAGUGGAGAACGGUUUCUGUGGAUUCUACCUCUUCCAAAGUCCGAUGAAGAGGAUGAUGUGUUGCCUGAGGGAUUUGAGGUUCGCAACAAGGAUCGGGGUCUUGUCGUGAGAGGCUGGGUUACUCAGCAAGACAUAUUAUCCCAUCCUUCCACUGGUGUGUUCUUGAUGCACUGUGGCUGGAAUUCAUGCCUCGAAAGUAUCAGUAGAGGUGUUCCAAUCAUAGCAUGGCCAUCACUCGGUCAUCAACUACAUAAUUCCAGAUAUUUGGCACACAAAGCAAAAGUGGCAAUUCUGCUUCCACAAGAGGAUGGGUUUUUCGUUUCCCGAACAUAUAUAGAGCAGGCCAUAAAAAUCAUUUUCACUUCAGAGGAAGGUAUGCAGUUGAAGGAGAAGUCUAUGGAACUGAAAGCUACCUCAAUGAUUAUCUUCGAUGAAGGUGGAUCAUCGUAUAAAAACCUAGAGCAUUUGAUAAAGGUGAUCAGAGCUUGAAGGAUGGCUUGUGGACUACAAUUUUGGAGAAUAUUUUGCAGGAAAUCAGUUCAGCUUGCUACAUUUGGUGGUCGUAUGAUUCAUUUUACAUGCAUCGAGUUUCAGAGUUCCACCUCGUGGACUGCAUGCAACUGAGUUAAUCUGAACCCUAAACCCAGAAUAUGGGUUUUGUCUUAUAUGGAGACUUGUCUCUUCUUAGAUGUGAAACUGAGUUGUAAAUGCACGAGGACGGAGUUUAGAUGUUAGUGAUUUUAGCAUUAAGUAUUAAACUGCUACAAAUUCUGAAAUAGAAAUUAGAGUAGAUCAGAAACUGCUGUUGUUCAAUCGUUUUAGGUUAAGUGACAUGUAUUUAGAGCGAGGCUGCUGAAGAUAGAAUACAUGGUCGACAAGCAGCGAAGCAUAUACCUCAACUUUAGGGUCAUCAACCACAGUUUAAGCUUGACAGAGAAUUCUCUAUAAUAGCUUGACAUCAAGGCUUUUCCAGUGGAGACAAAUUAUGGGUAUAUGGAGACAUAUACAUGAAGCAUUCUGAAAUAGAAUUGUUUUCGAAAUGCACACUCGUAUCAAAUCAUUUACUCCUUCAGUAAAAGAUAAAGCUCCGCUGUUGUAUUUCUCCAAAUCUUGUCCGGUCCUUCCAUCAAUAAGAAGUGGACAUUG